UGCGCCUAAACGUGUAGUUUUUACGUUACUUUCUACAAAAAAACCCUCACUUUCUACAGUUCUCUGGCAACAUGUAGCCGAGUAUCCCCGCGGCUCAAGGGUUGAGCAUGACGUCACGUGAUGCGUCAGAUCCUCACGGAAGUGUAAUGAAGAUAGUAACUGUUCUCGGCUAAGCAGAACAUUAGGAAGAAGAGUGGGUGAGAGAGAGAGAAAAUAAAAAGAAAAAAGAAACAGACAAACAGAGAAACAAUGAAACAAUAACAAUUAAGGCGACGGGCAAAGCAAUACUGCAGUUUUGAAACCGAUCCUUUGGAAUACAUUACACGCAUUUUUUGUCAAAGCAACAACAAUCCGUUCUCCCCGAGGGGGACGCCGGACGAUUAUGUCCUUGUUCCAGUCGGCACUUGAUUUCCUGGCGGGGCCCGGCUCUGCUGGAGCCGCAAGCCGAGACCAGAAUGAUUUUGUUGGGCAGACUGUGGAGAUGGGCGACAUGAAGCUCCGGAUCAAGCGGGUGAUCGCAGAAGGUGGAUUUGCCUUUGUGUAUGAAGCCCAGGAUAUUGGAAGUAGUAAAGACUAUGCUCUUAAGCGGCUGCUUUCAAACGAUGAGGAGAAGAGCAAGGCGAUUAUUCAAGAGGUCUGCUUUAUGAAAAAGCUCUCGGGCCACCCUAAUAUUGUUCAGUUCUGCUCAGCGGCAUCAAUAGGAAAAGAAGAAUCUGACACGAGACAAGCAGAAUUCCUCAUUCUCACUGAACUCUGUAAAGGUCAGUUAGUCGACUUUAUCAAGAAAGUGGAAUUGAAAGGCCCUAUGUCAUGUGAUACAGUGUUAAAGGUCUUUUACCAGAGCUGUCGAGCGGUACAGCACAUGCACAAACAGAAACCACCUAUUAUUCACAGAGACCUCAAGAUCGAGAAUCUACUGAUCAGUCACCAGGGCACAAUCAAACUGUGUGAUUUUGGCAGCUCAACAACCAUAGCGCACUAUCCAGAUUACAGUUGGUCUGUACAGAAGAGAUCAAUGGUGGAAGAUGAGAUCACCAGAAAUACUACACCAGCAUACAGGACACCGGAAAUGAUAGAUCUGUACUCUAGCUAUCCUAUUAAUGAAAUGCAAGAUAUCUGGGCCCUGGGCUGUAUUUUACACCUGCUAUGCUUCAAGCAGCAUCCAUUUGAAGAAGGAGCUAAACUUCAAAUAGUGAAUGGGAAAUAUUCAAUUCCACAGAAUGACACCAGAUACACAGUCUUUCAUGAUCUCAUACGUUCCAUGUUAAAGGUUAAUCCUGAGGAGAGACUGUCAAUCACAGAAAUCGUAAAUCAACUGCAGGAGAUCUCAGCCGCCCGCAACUUGAACCCCAGGUCCCCCAUCACAGAGCUCCUGGAACAGAACGGUGGCUAUGGGAACAGUGCGACCCCCAGGACAUCCAUAAGUUCACCCCCUCAAGCGUCCAAGCCAGAAGCUCAACUCAACAACAUGCAGAAUGCAGGGGUUGUUGCGACCGACAGCGGUCUCUUUGACAUCCUUAAAGGAGGCACAGAGAGAUUUCUGACCAACAUCAAGGAUACCUCCUCCAAAGUCAUUCAGUCAGUGGCCAACUAUGCAAAGGGAGAUCUGGACCUGUCGUAUAUCACUUCAAGAAUAGCAGUGAUGCCAUUUCCUGCAGAGGGGGUGGAAUCUGCAAUUAAAAACAACAUUGAGGAUGUGAGGCUGUUCCUGGACUCGCGCCAUGCAGGCCAUUAUGCUGUUUACAAUCUGUCUCAACGAACAUACAGGCCCUCAAGGUUUCACAACAGGGUUUCGGAAUGUGGCUGGCAAACAAGAAGGGCACCCAACCUAAAAAACUUGUACAGCAUUUGCAAGAACAUGCACCUGUGGCUCAAGCAAGACCAGAAGAAUAUUUGUAUUGUUCAUUGCCUUGAUGGCAGGGCUGCCUCUGCAGUGGCUGUCUGUUCAUUCCUCUGUUUCUGCCGCCUCUUCACCACUGCAGAGGCUGCAGUCUACAUGUUCAGCAUGAAGCGUUGUCCCCCAGGCAUCUGGCCUUCUCACAAAAGGUAUAUAGAAUACAUGUGUGACAUGAUGGCAGACGAGCCCAUCAUCCCUCACAGCAAACCCAUACUAAUCCAGUCCAUCGUCAUGACACCGGUGCCCCUGUUUAAUAAACAGCGCAGUGGCUGCAGGCCUUUCUGUGAGGUGUAUGUCGGAGAUGACCGAGUGGCAACCACCUCCCAAGAAUAUGACAAAAUGAGGGAUUUUAAAUUGGAAGAUGGGAAGGCUGAGAUUCCCCUGGGGAUCACUGUUCAAGGAGACGUCCUUAUUGUCAUUUAUCAUGCCAGGUCAACCUUGGGAGGGAGACUACAAGCUAAGAUGGCUUCAAUGAAGAUGUUCCAGAUCCAGUUCCACACAGGCUUUGUGCCCAGAAAUGCCACUACAGUCAAAUUUGCAAAAUACGACCUGGACGCCUGUGAUAUCCAGGAGAAAUACCCAGACCUGUUCCAAGUCAACCUGGAAGUGGAGGUGGAGCCCAGGGACCGGCCCAGUACCACGACUUCCCCCUGGGAGAGCUUUCCCACCAAGGGACUCAACCCCAAGAUCCUCUUCUCCAGUCGGGAGGAGCAGCAAGAAAUCCUGAACAAAUUUGGUAAACCUGAACUCUCCAGGCAGCCUGGCUCCACAGCUUUUUACAACGCAGGCACGCCACCCUCUGAGCAACCCCAGGACGGUUCAACUACAGAGACAGAGUCUCCACAAAGCACUGACACUAACGCAAAUAAUUUCUUCCAGACAUUGGAUUGGGAUGAGGAAAGAGAGACUGACGAUGUUCCUGACGGACAGUUUGCCCAAGAGAAACGCCCAGGCUUGAUGGAGGACCAGGAUGACUUCAGCGACCCCUCUGAUGACGAAUUUGCCUCCGUUGACAAAAGGGACGCUGCUGCCCCUCAGGACAACACAGAGCCUGUCUUUGAGGCUGAUUUCACCCAGCUUCCCCAAGAGACCCCUCUCGAGGACAGCGUGGACCUGCUGGGGCUGAACUCAAAUGACCAGCCCAAAGCAGACCACAGUCCUUCCCCUGCCGCUGGAGGAAUGAAGACCUCUUCUAGCAAUGCUGACCUUCUCAAUGACCUCUUUGCAUCCGUCGGCAGUGCCACGCCACCAACUCUGCAGGACAGUACAGAGGACCUAAUUGGAGGAGGAGGUGGAAUAGAAGAUGAUUUCUUCUUCAGUGCACCACCAGCCAGCACACGGGGACCUCCACCAGGAACCACUGUGCCACCAGCAUCCUCAAGUGAUGGAGACACCUUCGACCUGUUGGGAAUCAGCUCCUCGGCUUCUGUGUCUGAGUCCUCAGCUUCUGCAGCCCAGCAGUCCGGAACUCAUGUCUUUGGAGAUCUCCUGAGUCCUGAUGGCACCUCCAGCUCCAUGUCCUCAAACCCCACCCCUCCCCCAUCUUCCAGCUCCGGUUUCUUUAACCUCAGUAAUUUGUCUUCAGAUUCAUCUAAGAUGGCCUCUUCUGCCAGUCAGCCCGACCUGCUUGGUGGCUGGGAUACAUGGGCUUCAACUCCUAACACCAGCAACACCAUUCCACCUCAGAUCAACAAGCCUGCAUUUGCAGCCCCUGCCGUUAGUACGAGUGCUGCUACUUACGGUGUGUCCUCCAACUCUUCAUUCACUCAGUCCAAGUCACAGAGCUUCGACCCAUUCGCUGACCUCGGGAACCUUGGUGCCACUUUGUCAGGUUCUUCUAGUGGUGGAUUUUCAGCACCUGGUUUCAGUCAGAAGCAUGCCCAGGGGCCCAUGGGUGGCGGUCAGUGGCAGUCAAGCAGGCCCCAGAGUACCAGCAUGCCUUGGCAGCAACAGACCCCACCAAUGCCACGGCAACCCAAACCAGCACCAGCACCAGCAACACAGGCCAAGCCCAACUACAAUCUGAACUUCAGUGUGAUUGGGGGUCGAGAGGAGAGGGGCAUCCGAGGACCUGGGUUUGGACGGAAAACUAAAGUAAAGGAGAAUGAUUUUGAAGACCUGCUGUCCAAACAGGGCUUCACUUCGACACAGGAUCGAAAGGGACCGAGGACCAUUGCCGAGAUGAGGAAGCAGGAGCUUUCCAGAGACAUGGACCCCCUCAAACUUCAGAUCCUGGAUUGGAUUGAAGGAAAGGAGAGGAACAUCCGAGCCCUCUUGUCCACUCUGCAAACUGUGCUGUGGGAAGGAGAGAACAAGUGGAAACCAGUUGGAAUGGCUGACUUGCUGACCCCAGAUCAAGUGAAAAAGUAUUACAGGAAGGCAGUGUUGAUAGUCCAUCCGGACAAGACUACCGGACAGCCUUAUGAACAGUAUGCCAAAAUGAUCUUCAUUGAGCUGAGUGACGCUUGGUCGGAGUUUGAAAACCAGGGCUCAAAAGCACUGUUUUGAGGAUAAAAAAAAAAAAAAAAACUUGAUUCAGGAUGGUUCAGUGGAAUCUGUGUGUCACGAGUGUCCCUGUUUUAUGUUCAUAAGACAAUCACUGUAAACAACAAAAAAGAUCACUUAAACAUUUGGCUAGCCACAUGAAUGUUCUAUCUAGAAAUAGUGCUAUAUAUAGUUUUAAUGAAAUUGCGGUAUUUAAGAUAACCAGCAGAAAUAUCACACCUGCAUUUUGUUACAUUUGUAUUGGAUAAGGUGUCAUAAAAUGUUAAGAUUAUUUGAAUGUAUAAGGACUUUUACUAAACUUAAAAAAAAAAAAAAAAAAAAAAAAAAUUUGUAAAAUAUUCUGUAACCAGAUUAUAUUUGGCUUUGUGAAGAUGACCACGACACAUUUAGAGAUUGCAAGAGUGUGUGUGUUUUUUUGUUUUUUUUCCAGAUGUCUUUGUAAUAGUUCACUAUCACCACUGAAUAAUGUAAAUAAUACACUCAAAGUUUCUGUUAGAAUAAGAUAGCAACAGAGCCACAUGUUCAGUCAGCGGUGAUGAUGGGAAUUAUGACAUAUCAUGCCUUUUCAGUUUUUAAGACAUGCAAUUAGAUUUUGCAUUAUUUUAUACUCUCUAUGAAUGUGGCAGGGAGCCACAGAUACAGUAGUAUCAUUCCUUUAAAUUUUGCAAAACUAUUGCUAUGCUUUAAUGACCUUUAUUGUACUCCCAUGUAAUUUAUUUAUUUUCCCCCUUAACUAGUGGACCAAUCAGACUUACUUAUGUUUUUUAUAAAUUGUGCAAAGAUUUUUUGGAGACAGGUUUAUUGAAAUGAAUGUCUGUAUGUAAAAAAGCACACCUCAGUACCAUUUUAAGAGCAUCAAUCAUUCCAAGGCAGUCUAUUGCUCUUGCGAGGCAUGUGUGUUCUUUGCAGCUGUACAGCUGUUGGAAGAUAAGAUGGUCAAGAUUGGUAAACUGGGAAUAGACAGCUAUUCAUAAAAUGAGUUUUUGGUCUGGCUUCUGAGUUUUGAAAAUUUACCAGAUGGUAUUUACCUGCUUCCAAUAAGAUCCCACAUGACUCAUUUUAUUUAAUUUAAAAAAGACUUCUAAUCUGGGGGCGGAUCCUCUUUGUUGGUAUAGUCUUGUUUAUAGACAACAAAGUUAUAAUCUUACCAAAAAUGUCUAUGAAUGUCAGUUUAAGUAAAUAAAUAAACAGUAGAUGUGUAAAAAUGUUCACCACCGUGCUUGUUCAAAAACGACUUUGGAAAUGUUAGGUACCGGGCAGUUUUGAAAGUACCACACAUUUUCAACGUUCUGCAUUAACUUAUUUCUGCAUGUUGCUGGUGUCGGUGCACUUAAUGUGUGUGAUUUAGUGAACAAUGAAAUGUGUGCAAUGAAAAACCUAUUGAAGUACAGAACAUUAUUAUAGUAUUUGGAAUCAAGUAUACUCUCAUUAACUGUAUGAACUAAAAAGUGGUGCCAGGUGAAAAAAGACCAAAUCCUUUGGAAACCCAUUUUUUUUAUUUUAAACAUUGGCUGCCUCCAUACACGGGCAGUAGUGUGGAGUCACGGGCAGCAGUGUGGAGUAGUGGUUAGGUCUCUGGACUCUUGACCGGAGGGUCGUGGGUUCAAUCCCAGGUGGGGGACACUGCUGCUGUACCCUUGAGUAAGGUACUUUACCUAGAUUGCUCCAGUAAAAAACCCAACUGUAUAAAUGGGUAAUUGUAUGUAAAAAUAAUGUGAUAUCUUGUAACAAUUGUAAGUCGCCCUGGAUAAGGGCGUCUGCUAAGAAAUAAAUAACAAUAAUAAUAAUAAUACAUGAUCUUAAAGCUGACAUUUACUUAUCUUUAACCUUAAUAGUUAAGACUGGAAGCCUAUAUUCUUCUCCCAUGCAAUACCAGUAAGUUGCUGUAGGUAAAAAAGGCUUUGUAGAAUGUAACCAAAAAAAAAAGGCACUACAAGGUUCCCGGGUGGCGCAUCUGGUAAAGGCGCUGCGUGGAGUGCAGGAUGCGCCCUAUAGCCUGGAGGUCGCCGGUUGGAGUCCGGGCUAUUCCACUGCCAACUGUGGAUGGGAGUUCCCAGGGGGCGGCGCACAAUUGGCUGAGUGCCGCCCUGGGGGAGGGCUUAGGUCGGCCAGGGUGUCCUCUGCUCACCGUGCACCAGCGACCCCUGUAAACUGACUGGGCACCUGCGGGCUUGCCUGUAAGCUGCCCAGACCUGCGUUGUCCUCCGACGCUGUAGCUCUGGGUUGGCUGACGGCACAGCGUGUGUUCAUCUUCGCCCGAGUCAACGCAGGGGUGGUAGUGGUGAGCUGAGCCUAAAAUACAAUUGGAUAUUUCAAACUGUGAGAAAAAACGGUAAAAUCAGCUGGCGAUUUACUAAAUUAAAAAAAAAAAAAAAAAAAAAAAAAAAACACCA